AUGAAACUACACGCGUGGCUAUCCAGCACUGCCUGGAAGCUCCUUUCCGGUCGGGUACAGGCAAAGCUAGAUGAUCAAGAGGUCGCCAGGUUCGCCAACGCCUUACAAGUAUACGCCACUAAAGAUAGGGUGAACGAAUAUAACCACUACCACCUUGAUCGCCUCAGCCGGCCAGUCAUUCAAGUCAAGGCUAAGAAUGUCGGACUUGGUGCGGCUGCGGCCCCUGACGACAAGGCAGGCAACCUUGCAAAGCAGAUCCCUAUAUGCAUUGGGGCCCGUCUGAUGCUAACGUCUAACCUUUGGCAGCCAGUAGGCCUCUGCAACGGCGCUCGCGGUACAGUCUACGGCAUUGGCUGGGCACCUGGGGCUGAUCCUAUCCAAGACCCUCCCUGCGUCAUCAUGAUGGAGUUUGACAAAUACAGCGGGCCGGUGUUCCUGACCACCCCCGAUGGCAGGAAGAUUGUUCCGAUUCUCCCAGUAGACAGGGACUUCCUCAUUGGAGCCACUCUUUGCACUCGCACCCAGUUUCCUCUGAUCGUAUGCUACGCCAUUACUGUUCACAAGUCGCAAAGCAUCACUGAAGAUGUGAUUGUCACAGACCUCUCCUGUAGAGACUUUCAGACUUGUUUGAGCUACGUAGCUGUCUCUCGCGUGAAAACGCUCCAGGGCCUGAUGCUGGAUGCGCCUUUUGAUCGUAGUCACCUGUUUUACAAGUCUCCACCCGAGGGUAUGAAGAUGAAGAUGAGGGAUGAGCGGCAUAGGAGACGACAGGUUCUACACGGAAUCCAUAUAGGACAGACCACGGCUCUGCGUAACUAG